AUGGGAAAUAAUCGUGAACGUGACCUCUAUACGAAACUAACACUCACAGAUUUCGUACAACGUCUUCUCACUAAACGAUGUGUCAGUUUUUAUGGUAAAAAUGACAAGUUUUUACUCCUAAGUCGUGAAAAAGGCUGUAGUGGUUUUAUGGAAGUUGGAACUGAUAAAGAAAAGCCACCACUAGUACUUUCAAAUGUACUCAGUUUUGACGAAAUUAAAUUAUCUGCGCUCCUAUCAGUUUCUUCACACUCUGAAUUUAUUAAUGAUGGUAAUCGUAAAAAUAUGGGAAUUAUAGAAAAGGAUAAAACUAAAAUAGAGCGUGAUGGUGUUGUUAUUGGAAUUAUUGGUGCGCGCUUAUCACGACGUGAUGUAAUGGAAUUUCAAGAUAUUAUCAUAUCCAAAACACAAAAUACUAAAGAAAAUGGUUAUGGUGAAGCAAUUGAAAAUAUUACUGACACACGUCCAGCAGAUUACCGACGUAUAUGGAAGGAAUUCUAUGAGGAACCGGAUUUUGUUUAUACUAAUAUUGUUAAAGAUGAUCGAAGAUUUGGGGAUUCAGUAAGUAAAGAUGACAUUUUCGAUAGCGUCUUAAUGAAGAAACGUUAUGCUAUUUCAUUUGAUACACUACUCUUGGAAAGUGAAGCCAAAGCAGCCAAAGCAAAUAAAAGUGCUUAUAUGCAUGUUGUGGGUAUUGGUUUGGGUGUUUGGAAAGUUUCUGGACAACAGGAGAAGAUAUUUUUAGACACAUUUACCGAACGUUUAAAGGUUUUGAUGGAAAAAUUACCACAUAUUGCAGUGGUACAUUUUUCAUGGUUCCAUCUGAAUGAAUGGGGCGAACUUAAGAAUAAUGGUUUUUUAGAAUGUGAAAAACAUCCUAAUGGAGGUAUUCAGACCUUUUUAUCUAACCGUAAUCCAGCUGACAAAUUGAGAACUCCUGAGCUAGAAAAUAUGUUAGUAAUUGUUUCAUAUGCUUGGGAUGGUAAUGCUCUACCUGGUAACGAGUUUUGGAUGAAAAUGUUGAAAUCUACUGGCGAUUCGUCUACUGCCUGUAGCACAUUGGUCACUGAACUGCACAAUCCUUUCAUCAAUAAGGAUAUGGUCAAUGGCAAUAACUUACAUAUAGCAUCUGAACACUUUGGCGUUUUGCAUAUUGCAGAUUAUGCAGCAAAAGUUUUAAAUGAAUAAUGCAAUAUUUAAUAUAUUUAACAAUACGCAAUAUAUGUGCAAUAUUUAUAUAAAA